GCUUCUGCGGUCACCAGGCAACAGCUCGGUCGCGGUCAAGGCGCGUCUCUACCUGUGAACAUGCUUCGUGGCAGCAAAGAGGCGAUCGGGCAGGCGAAAACGGUCGUCAUACACUGGCUUCGUCGCGGUUACUCCUUCACAAAAGAGAACCCCGUCAUCGUCGUGACAGUUGCUGUAGUUUUGCUUGUCUUGGUCGCUUUCCUCUGGAUAUGGACCGCGAUUUUCAACGCUUUGUUAUCCGGAACCGGCACCACGAUCUUGUACUUUUAAGGGUACACCUUUAAGGUGCUUUUCUUACCGCUUUUCAUGCCUUCCUUAAGGGAGACAUAGAACAUGAAUGAAUGAAUGAAUGAAUGAAUGAAUAAGGGGGACCGCGAACAUGAAUAAAUGAAUGAAUGAAUGAGACAGGCCUAAAAAGCUGGAUAAACGAGCACCAAUACCAAGAACCUACCGCUAAUACUUGUUUUUACUGGUGCUGUUUGUGCGUUUGGUGAUUCGAGUGAUUGUCUUUCCUGGGAGCACCUUUUUGUGGAGGAAAAAGCUAGAGAGUACGUACCGCGCAGAACUAGCGCUUACGUACAUGGAUGCCAUCGUCCAAUUGGAACACUGUUUCCUAUGGUCUAGAAAUGGUUGGUUCUAGAGAAAAUAAUUACUAGAAAUGGUUCUAGAGUCUAUGAGCAUAUUAUAACUACUACUGGUUGUUCCUCUAUGAGCAUAUUAUAAUUGUGUCGAUUAUUUCAGUAUAGAUACUCUCUUACAUUAGAUUUACUCAUCUCUUACACUAUAGAUACUACUUCUCUCUUCCACUAUAGGUCCUACUUCCAUUAGGUCCUACUUUCUUCCAUUAGGUCCUACUCUCUUACAUUAGGUCCUACUUCCAUUAGGUACUAGUUCUGUCUUACAUUAGAUGCUCUCCUACACUGGAUACUACUCUCUUACAUUAGAUACUCUCUUACAUUAGGUCCUACUCUCUUACAUUAGAUGCUAUUUCUCUCUUCCAUUAGGUCCUACUCUCUUCCAUUAGGUACUGCUUCUCUCUUCCAUUAGGUACUGAAUAAGCAUGCACUCUCUUGGCUCAUGACUACACCCCGCGAGUGGGUACAUCAAUCGAUCAAUACAUUGUCGAUGGUUUCUAGCUCUAAGUUUUGUAUCCCUAUCUGGCCUCACUAGUGGCAUUCCGAAAAGGUGGAACCUGGAACAUGCGAUGACAGGUUACGACCUCGUUUUCCGGCUAGACCAAAACUUCAGGAUGCAGCGCAGAGAUCCGGAGGUCACGCCCCUCACUCCAGAGCAGAUACAAUUAGAAACGUGGUUGCGACG